CUUGCAAGAAGCACCUUGCAAGAAGCUCCAUCGACGAGCAUUGCCACCGGCUCUUCGGCGUCAACCUCUCUGCCUGCGGCCCUCUGAAUACGAUAUUGCUGCAUGAUAUACCUUGGCUCGCUUGCUGGCGAUUAAUUGCUAUAUAUUAUCGGCUUGAACCUGCUCCCAGAACCUGCUGCCCGCCAUGGAUGACCAGUUUGGAGGCCGCACCGACGAUGACCUCUUCUACGACGACUUCGAGCCCGUCGAGAGCGAGACCGUCGUCACUCCCGCUGUCGCCACCCUGGUGCCAGCACCUCAGCCGGCGCUUGAACCAGAGUUGCCAGCCCCCGUACAGGAGCCUGUAGCUGUGGAAAAGCCCGCGCCGACCAAGAGCUCAUUACCGCCGCCUAAGACGCUCUCGUCGUCCCGAUUCGCCGAUAAACCCGCCGAGAAGCCCGUCGACAAGCCCGCCGUCAAGCCCGCCCCGAGCCCGAAGCCUCCCCGCCAACCGCAGCAACAACCCUCCAACGCGCCGCCCAAUGCUCCCACGGCGCCCCGCGAGAAGACCAGCCAUGCGGCCCAGAACACGGCCGCCAACCCAAACUCGCGCCUCGGGUCCGGCGCCAACCCGCGCCAGAAGCUGACGGACACGGAGCUGGCCGCCAAGAUGGAGCAGAUGAAGCUGCUGUCGGCGGAGAAGGCGCGUAAGUUCGAGAAGGCCGAGCAGGACGAGAAGGACCACGCCGAAGCGUAUGCCCGCGGCAUGCAGGAGGCGCGCAAGCGACGCGCCGAGGAGGCUGAGCGGCGGCGACGAGGCGACGAGGACCGCAAGAAGAUGGAGGAUGAGCGAGCCAAAAACAGGGAGAGGAAGCUGAAGGCGAUGGGCAACAAGGAGGGCGGCUGGGACGAGGGCAAGGAGGCCCAGGAAGAGGAGGAGGCCAGACGAGGAUUCAGAGGCGCCAAUGGCGGCAUCAGGGGCUCUAAGAGCGGCGGUGGGCUUGGUGCCAGUCGCUACGCCUCUAAGGAAGGAGAAGAGCACGACGUGGAUCGAUUCCUGGACGAGCGGCACCGAGGACGGGGGCGAGGCGGCCGAGGUCGCGGCGGCAGGGGAGGUCGCGGAGGACGAGGCGGCCACGAGGGCGGCCCCAACAGCCAGGUCCCGGCCAAGCAGGCGAUCCCCGCCGCCGACGACUUCCCCGCGCUGCCGACCGAGGGCGUGAAGAAGCCCGACGUCAACGUGCCGCCGAAGCCCGAGGUUGUCGUGGCGCUCCCACCGCCGCCGCCGUUGUCGCCGCCCAACGUCGGCAAGUGGGACGACGAGAUGGAGGCCUUUGACGAGAUCCAGAAGAACAAGGCGUGAUACCAGACCUGCUGAGGACGCAGAGGAACAAGGCGAGGAUCGAACUUCGGUGCCCGGCUCAGUAUACACAAGAGAAGGAUGUAAUGCGAAGCACGCUCUAGGGGUUAAAUAUAUUCAUCGCACGGGACGAGCCUACGGUUGGGAAAUUGUAUUAGGCCAGCAUAGCAUAGACAGUAAACCCAAAGCGAGAUUGACGAGUCC